AAGAAAGUGCCUGUGACGCUUAUGACGACGCAACACAACAACCAAUCACAUGGCAGGAACGAAGAUGGCGGAAUCGGGGAUCAGCGUCAGGAGCUGUCGAGAAUUAUGGACCAUACUGCUGGGAAGAUCUGCAUUGCGAGAGCCGGCUCAGAUAGAGGCAGAGCUGGACAGACACUGGGACAGACUGCAUCAAGGACUCACCUACUACAAGCCACCCAGCCCAUCCUCUGCUGGGAAAGUGAAGGAGAACAAAGAUGUUGCACAACCAUUGAAGGAUUUUGGCCUGAGGAUCAGUAAACUAUUGGGUCUUGAUGAGCAGCAGAGUGUGCAGCUUUUACAGUGCUACCUACAGGAGGACUACAGAGGAACCCGUGACUCGUUAAAGGUUGUUCUCAAGGAUGAGCGACAAAGCCAGGCACUGCUGCUAAAGAUGGCUGACUAUUACUACGAGGAGCGCACAUGUCUGCUCAGAUGUGUCUUGCUGUUGCUGACAUACUUUCAGGACGAGCGACAUCCCUACAGGGCUGAGUACAGUAACUGUGUCAGUAAGCUGGAGAAGGACCUAGUGAGCAACUACCAGUCACAGUUUGAGAAGCUCUUCAAAGCAGAAGCACCAACAUGGGAAACUCAUGGAAACCUCAUGACUGAGAGGCAGGUGUCACUAUGGUUCCUGCAGUGUCUGAGAGAACAGUCUCUGCUGCUGGAGAUCAUCUUUCUGUAUUACGCUUACUUUGAGAUGAGCCCGUCUGACCUGCUGACCUUUACCAAAAUGUUCAAAGAAGAGGGCUUCGGUUUGCGGCAGACCAACAGACACCUAGUAGACAAAAGCAUGGACGCGCUGGUUGAUCGCAUUGGCUAUUUGAGCUCUCUCAUCCUGGUCGAGGGAAUGGACAUAGACUUCCUACACAAGUGUGCCCUAGAAGAUUGUACAGAUCAGCAUCAGUUCUCCAGUGCUCCUGACGUCAUCAAGGAGAUGGAUCAGCUGCUGCUGACAUUUGGUGACAUCCCUCAUCACGGGCCAGUGCUGCUAGCCUGGGUCCUGUUGAGACACACACUGCGACCAGACGAGUCCAGCCCCGUGAUCAGGAGGAUCGGCAACACCGCCCUGCAGCUGGAGGUGUUCAAGUACAUUUCAACCAUGCUGAAAGGCCUUGGAGUCACAGGGAAUAAUUGCACAGCAAGCACAGCAAAGAUGUGUAUCUACGGUCUCCUCUCAUUUGUGAUCACUUCUUUUGAAGAGGAAAGCCUACAGACUGGUGGUGUGGUGACACAGUGCUCCCACCUGAUCGAUGCUGCCUGUGAUGUCCUCUCUGCUCCCAGUCUGGCUGAAGUCUUUUGGGAAAUGAAGCCGAACAUGGGAUUGGGAAUGAUCCUGGACAACGCAGUCGGGAUGUUCCCUCAUAAGAUCGGACCACUGUUGCAGCUUCUCACUGCACUUCUGUCAAACAAGUCGACUGUUAAAAAGGUGUACAACUUUUUGGACAAGAUGUCCUUUUACACACAAGUUUACAAACAUAAACCCAAUGAUGUCAUCUCCAAGGACGAUGAGACUCUGUGGAGGAGACAAACACCCAAACUCCUCUACCCUCUCGGCACAGGGCAGACUAAUCUUUGGAUACCGCAGGGAGUGCUGGGCCAGGUGAUGAUUGGAGGCGAGCAGGGCUACGUGGUUCGCUGGGACUACUCCUACAGCUCCUGGACUCUCUUCACCUGUGAGGUGGAAAUGCUGCUCCAUGUUGUUUCCACUGCAGAUGUUUUAGCUCACUGUGCACGUGUGAAACCCAUCCUGGAUCUGGUCCAUAAGAUCAUAAGCACAGACUGGACCGUGUCAGAUUGUUUGUUGCCUCUCAUCCGCAUCUACAUGUUGCUGCAGAGGUUAACAUCAGUCAUCAACCCACCAGUGGAUGUGAUUGCCUCCUGUGUGAACUGCCUCUCUGUACUGGCUGCAAGGAUGCCUGGGAAGGUGUGGUCCAGUCUGCACCACACAGGUUUUCUCCCCUUUGCCUCCAACCCUUUGACCAGCACGGCUCAGUGUGUAAGCGCUGAAGGGAUGAAGGCAGGUAACUAUGGCAACCUGCUGGUCCAGAUCGAGCAGCCAAGGGGGGAGUAUGCUGUGACCAUCGCCUUCCUUCGUCUCAUUACAACCCUGGUCAAGGGUCAGCUUGGCAGCACUCAGAACAAAGGCCUGAUCCCCUGUGUGCUGCUGGUGUUAAAGGAGAUGUUGCCCACGUACCAUAAGUGGCGUUACAACACCUAUGGAGUCAGGGAGAGGAUAGGCUGUCUUAUUUUGGAGCUGAUCCAUGCCAUUCUCAAUCUCAGCCCAGAGGGAGAAGAUCAGGGCAGCACUCCCACUCUGCAGUCUCUGUGUAUCUACAGCCUGGCAAACACUGAGGCUGGACAGGCAGUUGUCAAUAUCAUGGGAGUUGGAGUGGAUACCAUAGAUGUGGUCCUGGCUGCACAGCCCAGCAGCUGUGUCUCUGAGGGUCCCGGUCAGAUCCUGAUCCAGACAGUAAAACUUGCCUUCUCUGUCACCAACAAUGUCAUCCGUCUGAAGCCGCCAUCUGACGUUGUGUCCCCUCUAGAGCAGGCCCUGACUCAACAUGGGGGUCACGGCAACAAUCUCAUAGUUGUGUUGGCCAAGUAUAUAUACCAUAAACAUGACCCUGCGCUGCCUCGCCUGGCAAUCCAGCUGCUCAAAAGGCUCGCCACUGUGGCUCCCAUGUCCAUCUACGCUUGCCUUGGUAACGACGCAGCAGCCAUCCGCGACGCAUUCCUCACUCGGCUGCAGAGCAAGACAGAAGACAUGAGGAUCAAGGUCAUGAUCCUUGAGUUCCUCACCGUUGCUGUGGAAACCCAGCCCGGCCUCAUUGAGCUUUUUCUCAACCUGGAAGUCAAAGAUGGAAGUGAGGGGUCAAAGGAGUUUCUGCUUGGUGAGUGGAGCUGUCUUCAUGUGGUGUUGGACUUGAUUGACUCCAAACAGCAGGGGAAAUAUUGGUGUCCUCCGCUGCUCCACCGAGCGGCACUGGCCUUCCUCCUUGCACUCUGGCAGGAUCGCAGAGACAGUGCCAUCUCUGUGCUUCGUAAAAAAGAAAGGUUUUGGGAAAAUUUGACAACACCUCUCUUUGGAACCCUUACCCCACCUUCAGAUACCACAGAGCCUUGUGUUCUGGAGACGUGUGCUUUUGUCAUGAAAAUCAUCGGCCUGGAGAUCUACUAUGUUGUCAGUGGUUCCUUGGAGCAGUCUCUGAAAGAUGGGCUUCAGAAGUUUUCCAGUGCACGACGAUACGAGUACUGGUCCCAGUAUGUCAAGUCUCUAGUGUGCCACGUGGCAGAGAUGGAGGAGGAAGGCAUCUGUUACUUUCCUGAGACCCAGAUGUUGAUCUCUGCCUGGCGGAUGCUGCUCAUUCUUUCCACUAGCCAUUCCGAUGUGAUGCAGGUAACGGAUGAUACGACCAAACUGAAGCUUUUCAUGGAUGUCCUGGAUGGGGCCAAAGCUGCUCUGACUACACCCAUGUCUGUGCCAUGUCUUCGUCUUGGAUCCAUGAUGGCCACACUACUACUCAUCCUCCUCAAACAGUGGAGAUGUGUGGUGGCAACAGCUCCUGACAUCUUGUCUCCCCUCUCGCUGAUCCUGGAGAGCGUCCUGCAAGCUGACCAGCAGAUGAUGGAGAGGACCAAAGCCAAAGUCUUCUCUGCACUCAUAUCUGUACUUCAGAUUCAGGGACUCAAUGGUGGAGAUAUUUCCCAGCUGCCCCAGCUAUUGCUGUCUGUGUGUGAGACGGCGAAAGACGAGGCAUUGGCGUUAAUUGACAGUACUCGGCACAUGAGCCAGACGGGAGACACGGUGGAAGACGAGGAUUGCAUGGAGACAGACUCUCCCCGCGGCCCACAGAAGGACAAAGAGAUGGGUGUGUGUGUACUAGCAUUGCACUUAGCGAAGGAGCUGUGUCGCACUGAUGAAGACGGUGAGCACUGGGUGUCAGUGAUGAGGAAGGUUCCAGUCCUCCCCUCGGUGCUCAGUGCUGUUGAACUAAGCCUGCGAUCCAAACACAACCUCUACUUCACUGAGGCUGCGCUUCACCUGCUGCUCACACUGGCCCGCACUCCUCAGGGGGCAGCAGCUGUUGCUGGAGCAGGAGUCAUCCAGACUAUCUGCCUCCCUCUUCUGAGCGUCUAUGAGGUGUCUUCAAAUGGUGCAUCUCAGAGUUUCUCCCGGAAGUCCCAGGACACUGCCUGCUGGCCAGGAGUGUACCGCCUCUGCAUGUCAUUAAUGGAGAGUCUGCUCAAGACUCUGCGUUACAACUUCAUCAACGAAGCCCUGGACUUUGUUGGAGUACAUCAAGAACGCAUUCUACAGUGUCUGAAUGCAGUGCGAACAGUGCAGAGCUUGGCGUGUUUGGACGAGGCGGAUCACACGGUCGGUUUCCUACUGCAGCUCUCAAGCUUCUGUAAGGAGUGGCAGUUUCACCUGCCCAAACUGCUCAGAGAUAUACAGGUAAACCUGUGUUAUCUGUGCCAGACCUGCACGUACCUGCUCCACAGCAAAAAGAUGCUCCAUCACUACCUCCAGGCUAAAAACGGUGAGGCGUUGCCCCCCGGGCCCCUACCCAGGACACAACGCCCCCCUCAAACCCCAUCGAAAGAGGCAGCAGGUGGAGGGGAGAGAGAGGAAGCAGAGCAGAAGGCCCUGCUGGCUGUACAGUGCAGUCUUCUGAAGAUCCUCAGCAAAACCCUGGCAACUCUGCAGCACUUCACUCCAGACUGCUGCCAGAUACUCCUGGACCAGAGUAUGGACCUGGCAGAGUAUCGAACCCUGUUUGUGCUCAGCUUCACAACUCCAGCGUUUGACCCUGAUGUGGCUCCUUCAUUUGGAACCCUGCUGGCCACCAUCAACGUGGCCCUGAGCAUGUUGAGCGAGAUGGAGAAGAAGAAAGAGCCAGUUUCCUUGAGUAUAGCUUCACUGGCCUCAUCAGAAGAGAUCCAAGCUCUGAAGUCCUUGCUAAUGUUCACCAUGGAGAACUGUUUCUACGUGCUGAUCUCUCAGGCUGUUCGGUGUCUCAAAGAUCCCUCCAUCCUCCCUCGAGACAAACAGAGGCUCAAACAGGAGCUCAGCUCAGAGCUGAGCACUCUUCUCUCGAGCCUGUCGCGCUACUUCCGCAGGGGCUCACCAUCGUCUCCAGCCAGCAGCAUCCUCCCCUCCGCCCAGUCCAAACCACCCACACCAGGAUCCAAGGGAAGCCACGAAGGUCAGGAGCCAUUCAUCCAGCUCGUUCAGGCAUUUGUCAGACUUGUGCAGAGAUAGAUUUACAUUUCCAGCAGAAGACACACGAGGAGGAUUUUCCCAAUAUAAAUACUCACUGUUGUUUUGCCUCUAACAACGGAACAAACUGGUUUUUAUGUACACCAUUGCAGUAGUUAAAAUAGCACAAAUGUGUGGCUUGGAGUGAGUGUUUGAUUCUAUGUUUAGUAAUUGGAGCCAUAUUUUGUUUAAUUUUGCCAAAACAGCUGUUAACUACAUUUGAGAUGACCACAACCAAAGUGUUUACUUUAAAAGGCCAACGAGAAGCUGCCUGAUUGUCCAGAAAAACAUGUAUUACGAAGAUGAGUCUGUAGAGAUGUUGGUGCUCCUAGACAUCAGUCAGCGACUGGGGUCCACUUUUCCAAGGCCUAGUUUUAUAGGUCACUUUGAUGAUACUGACCAGACACGUUUCAAGUGCUACUUAAGAAAUUAGACCUUUCAAAUAUAAUCUGCUCUAUAAUCUAAUCCUGAGUUGUAGACAAACCUUUUUUUCUAAUUCCCUUCACUAAAUCUUGAUCUGAACUUUGCUAUUUUCUUAUCUCUGCUUAUCCAUGUACACAUUUUGAAGUGGCUGCCAAGAUUUAUACUUUAAAAAAAAGUAUACGUUAAUAAAGGGACUUUUGUACCACAA